GGCAAUGUAGUAAGCGCUAGCAGUAGCAGCGGGAACGGCGAAUCAACUUCCUUCCGGGCGCCAAAAAAAGCACCCCAGGAAGGGAACGGUGUGCAUCACGACAAUGGGCACACGAUCCGGAUGCUGAUCGACUGGAACUGGCCGAAGUGCUUUAGCUUCGAGCCGAAGGAGCACCUGUACUACCAUAUCGGGCAUGCUCUGUUUCUGGUGGCCUUUCUUGCACCGAACAUCCCGUGCGGGUUUCUGUGGUUGCGGUGUGCGGCCAUCGCCGGCUGUAUAUUGAUGGUGCUGUGGGGUUGGUUCGUCGCCUGCAGUCUGGACGCGGUCGUCUGGUUCGGUGCAUUCCUGCUCGUGAACGCUGUCUACGUGGUGGUGCUGCUCUGCAAGCUGCGCCCGGUUAAGUUCGAGAAGGAGAUAGAAUCGGUGUACGUUGCCUUGUUUAAGCCGCUGCGCGUGUCGCGCCAUCAGUUCAAGAAGGUGCUGAACUGCAUGAAGAUAGUACGGCCGCUAAAGUACCAGGAAAUCUACGUGCAGGAGAAAAUAACCAAAGUCGACAGUUUGUCCCUUGUGCUGUCGGGAAAAUUAGUAGUUUCACAGAAUCAAAAAGCGCUUCAUAUAGUAUUCCCCCAUCAGUUUCUCGAUUCACCCGAAUGGUUCGGUGUCUCUACCGAUGACUUUUUUCAGGUGUCGAUCAUGGCGAUGGAAGAGUCGCGCGUACUCAUCUGGCACCGGGAUAAGCUGAAGCUGUCGAUCAUGGCGGAACCGUUCCUGCAGGCCGUGUUCGAUCACAUUCUCGGGCGUGAUGUGGUGAAGAAGCUGAUGCAGGUAACGCAGGUUAGCGAAACGAUGGCGCAAAGCAAUGGAUGUAUUGCGUCAGGUUAUGGUGAUGAUUCGGAAGAUAAACCGAUGCUGGUGAUGAAGAGCAAGGCGGCCGAUAAUGGUGGGCAUGGCCUAACGGCCUUGAUCAACCGUCAGCUGCAAGUAGCAACCGAUCAUAAUGCCUGGCGGCUGGGACGAAUCGAUGAAACUGACCACGAAACGGCGGUAUAGAAGUCGG